AUGUCAACUUUGAAACACACUGCAAAGCUUUCUAAAUAUUUGUUUACACCAAAAUCCAAUGCUUCUUUUGGUCAUAAAGCCUUCAUCUCCUCUUACCCAACACUUUCAAAAUCGAAGACGACGGAUGAAGAGACUGUGGAUGCAUGUGUGAAGACUAAAGAAGCAGCAGAAGCAGUGAAAGAAAGUGCAAGAGAAGUCAGAGAAACAAGUGAAUUCCUUAAAGACACUGUGGCCUCCACUGCCAAAUGUGUAUCAAAAAUGACAAAGGAAGUGACAGGAAAGGUGAGUGAAACAGCAGAGAAGAUAACAAAAACAGCAGAGAACAUAACAGAGAAAGCAAAGGACACUGUCUCAGGAGCAUGGGGAACUGCAAAGAACACUACUGGAAUUAUCAAGGACUUCAUUGAUAAAUAGUAACUCUAGCCCGAACUCUAUUAUGCUACUUAUUAUGGUUGAGCUAUGCUCGUGUUAGCUAUAAAUGAUACUUUAUUUGAAUAUAUUUAUUAUGUUAUAUACAAUACAAGAUUUUGUAGGAUUGAAAUUUGAUUGUAUUUAG